AUGCAAGCGUCUCUUCCUGACUCAAAAGUUGAGGGGGGCGGGCUGCGGCUUAGCGACUACCCUGAGGUGUAUGCGCAGCACCUCUUCGAGCUCUACCAGCUGCAGCAGCAGCAGCAGCAGCAGCAGCAGCAGCAGCAGCAGCAGCAGCAACGGCAGCGUGUUGUCGCUGUGGGGGAGAUUGGCUUGGAUUAUGAUCGCCUUAACUUCUGCGAUGCAAACACCCAAAAGCAGUGUUUUGAGUUUCAGUUGGCUUUAGGGCACGUGCUGCAGCUGCCUCUGUUCUUACACAUGCGUAACGCAGCAGCAGACUUCAUCGAGAUCCUGCAACGCCGCGAGGGGCUGUGGAGGGGGAGGGGUGCUGUGGUGCAUUCGUUUACGGGUUCUGCUGCUGAGGCUCGCCAGCUGCUGGAUGCGGGGCUGUACAUAGGUAUCAAUGGCUGCUCACUAAAGACAAAAGAAAACCUCGACGUCGUCCGCCAGCUGCCUCUCUCUCGCAUCCUAUUAGAAACCGACGCUCCCUGGUGUGGAAUGAGGCCAACGCAUGCGGGGUUUGCUCUUCUGAAUCAAGAGCAGAAGUCUACUCUAGAUGGAGUAAAACCCGAGAAGUGGACAAACAACAGCCAAGUUAAGGGGCGCAACGAACCCUGCAAUAUACGGGCAGUUGGGGAAGUCGUCCGUCAGCUCGUGGCUCCGGAGCUCUCAGAAGAGGAUUUCUGUUGCCAUAUUCUCGUCACACAUAUGUAUACAUACAUCUACACGCUGGGCCUGCAGCAGCAGCAGCAGCAGCAGCAGCAGCAGCAGCAGCAACCUGAACAGACCAGACCGCCUCGUGCAGCAGCAACAGCAACAGCAACAGCAGCUGAGACAGCUGCUGCGGCCAUCUUUAUAAUAAAUUUAUCGAGGGAGCAGAGACAAAGCGAGAGAAGAAAUAAAGAAGAAGAGGAGAAUGAAGAUAUUCUUCUUGAGCAUAUAUUUCUCGAGGAGGAGAGAGAAACAAAAGAAGCAAACAGCUGCGGUGUACUCAGUGGCUUGCAGCCUAUUGAGGAUUUGCUGCUGCUGCCUCGGCGGCCUUCUGCUGCUUUAGAGCUGCUGCGGGAUCUGCUGCAGUUCAGCAUCGAGAUAGAAAACAGCAAAAAAAAACAAAAAAUACAAAUAAACAACGAAGAAGACAUAAAACACAAAUGCAUGCACACACAAACACAACACACCAAUCAAGACCUGAUGCACCUGCAGCAGCAGAUACACCAACAGCUGCAGCAGGAACUGCAGCAAGAACUGCAGCAAGAGCUGCAGCAAGAGCUGCAGCACGAGCUGCAGCAGCAGGAGGGAGAGUUGUCGCUGUCUGGCGAAAUAGCUGCAGCAGCAGAUGCAUGCACAGACAUUGAUUCAGAGGGAGGCAGCAUCGAGUCAGCAGCAGCAGAG